UAGAUGGGAGCACACAUUGUGUGAAACAAUUCAAGUAAAUGGCGAUUCGUCAUCUGUAUCUCGUGCUCGAGUCAAUAUAUAUUUAUUGCAGGGCCAUAGGUCAUAACUCAACGCUUUAUAAUCAACAAAUGCUGCGCUCAGUCCUCCCACAACUCUCAUUCAGACAAUUACGUAAUUUAUUGUAAAAUGUACUGGUGUCAAAAUUGUGACGAACAGCGGAAGUGAUUGAACGAUAUUAAAUGGAUUUUUGUGAUAACAUGGCUGGACUAUUUUUAUUCUGGAACUGGAGUUUAUUUGAAUUUCAUUUCAUUUUCGAUUUUAUUCUCACGAUUGCAAUUGCCAUUGUUUUUGUUCCUGUUUUUUUAGUUAAUUAUGCGGUUAUUCAGUCGUUCCGACGAUGUUGGAUACGUUUUAUCAAAUGGAAGUGUCCGAACCACUUGAUUGUGGAGAAAAACAGUGUCCAGAGUAUUUUAGAUAAUGGAAAAAAUCAAGGAAUUUGCACACUGUUAGUGCAGGGGGGCAAGUUCCUGGGGGAAGGGGUGCGAAGUCGCCUGAAUUAUUUGGUGUCCAGGAAGCCCGCGUUGAGGUCGACGUUGACGAGCAAGUACGGUUUGUAUGCCUGGCGGUAUCGAGAGGACUUUUCCCUCGAUAAUCAUUUGAUCGACGCCCCCCCUUUCUUCCGAGGAAGACCAAUCGCCGACGCAAAUGUUCAGGAAUACGUGAGCGAAGUGACAUCGAAAUUUCUCCCCCUGAACCAGUCCCCCUGGCAAGUCCACAUAAUCAACUACUCAUCGAAAGGGGAAGAGAGUGAAAUCUACCUAGUUCGUGCUCACCACCUCCUCCUGAGGCAGGAGCACCUGACCCUCGCCGAUUUCCUACCCCUCCAGUACUCCUCUGACAAUUGGAGCUGCCAAGAGAGCGACUCCCCUUUCACGAAUCUCUACGCGAAACCCUCGGCUCUGCCGAAACUCCAUCAAAAGCUCACCGAGAGCUUCAGCAAUAAUUGGAAUGAAUUCCUGUGCAAUAAUGAUCCCAUGGAGCGGCCGGAAAUUCUCAAGAAACAUAUUGGUUUAUUUCAGUGUCUCAAGAUUGGGGUGAUUGUGCUGGUUGCUGCGUGCAAAAUAUCAAAACGGAGCACCGCAAAAACAAUCAUCUCCCGCACAGCGAUAUUCCACUCCGAAGCCCGAAAGCGAAAUUUCAAUCUCUCCACAAUUCACCAGGCGCUCCUAAAAUCCCUAGACCCAAUCCAAAACGUCACGUCCAUCAUCCACUGGCUCUGGUACUUCGCGAUAAUCUCGACAAUAAAGACCCCGAUCCUGAUAUGCCGCGAGCUGCGAGCCCUGCAUUCGCGCCAGAAGCACUACUACCCCGACACCCUGACGUCAGUUCUGUCCUGCUACCUCCCCCUGAUAUUCCAGUCCUUCGUGGAGAUAUGCCUGAUCCUCAAGAUCAUCUCCGGUGCAGCCCGAUCGAUCCUGGACGAGCUGUUCUCCAAGGACGUGCAGUCCAACCAACUCCAGACCAUUUCCCCUUGCGGAAGGAAAGUCAUCGCAUGGUCAGACCAAGUAGAUACGGACACUCUCGACAGAAUUGCCAGCGUCACUGGGGCGUCCCACACAGAUGUCCUGCUGACUGCCAUUGUCGACUCGUUGAAAGUUUAUUUUCAACAGUCGGGGCAAGUUAUUCCCCGACAGGUACUUGCAACUGCCAGAUAUGUUAGUCAUAGAUCUCUAUUUAUUAAAAAUCACGAGGUUCAAGGCAUUCUCUGUCUCUCACUUCCCACGAGGACGCCCCAUUUUGAAAACGAUCUCGUGGAGAUUCUCGAGGUGAUCAGGAAGAAUGUGACUGAAGCGAGGACGAAACAGCGAGCGAUAUACGCGAUUACAGCUAGAGAAAAUUUUAGGCAAAUGCUCAUGUCAUUUCUCCCUUCAGUUCUCAUUAAAAUUAUUCUGAAUCACCUCACGAGGAGAUAUUCUCUGUGCUUGACUCAUGUUGAUGGGGAUUUGCGGAUCGAAGGAGUUGGGACGGCUGUGUACUGGUCGCCACCCCAAGGAAAUUGCAAUUUAUCGAUAACUCUCCACCGCCACGGAACCGGCUUUCGUCUAGGCGUGAUGGGAGACGCGCUGAUAAGCCCCCAGCACACGACAAUCACGAGAACCUUCCCCCACAGUGUCGAGAAAUUAGCGAGAACCCUCGGUGUGCCUGCCCCAUCGAGCAGAACCUCUAGUCCAGGUCCCCUGAGUCCCACCACAUCGCCCGGUCAUUGAGAGAACAAGUCAUCGAUUACUCACAAUACGAGAGUUUUUCUUUAUUGCCGACUAUUACGUGUAAUACAAAUCCAUUUACAAUCGAAGCUGAUUGUUAAAGUGGACCUAAUUGAAUAUUCAUUUGCUAUACAGAUUCGAUAGUUUACAGUUUUCCAAAGAAAAGUUCUAUUUAUAACGUUGUAAUAAAAAUAAUAUACUGAAGGCAUUCGAA